AUGCCUCAUCUCCACCUCCUCGCCCUUCUCUACCUCCUCCUUACCCUCCCGUUCGUCGUCCGGGCACCACCACCGCCUCGCCCGGCACCUCUGCCCCUGGACCGCGCACACACGCACUACGAGCACCUCUACCACUCCCUCACCUCGCCUCUGGCGCUGUACUCCGUCGAACCGCCCAUCUACGCCCCCGUCUCUUCCCCACGCGGCACGGCCCGGUUGAGCCAGGCGAUGCGCGACUAUCCGCGCCUGGUCAAUGCGCAUGAGGCGUACAUUGGGCCGCAUGCUGGGGACGCUAAAACCGCUGCUGACGAUCUUGUUGACGUUUCUGGGCGCAUCGUCGUGGCGCGCGGAACAGGCUCAUUCCUCGCGCUGCUCGAAGAGCUCUCCUCGCGCUCGCGAAGGGAGAUCCGCACCCCGCUCCAUCCGGAGAAUGUUGCCGCACAACAUCGCGCCCCGCUCUCGAAGUUGGAAGCCAAGCUCACGGAGCUGCUCGAGCUGAUCGACGACAACGCCGCGGGGGCACAGCGCUGGACGCACCGACUGAGCGCGGAGGAGAACGAACGCUGGUUAGACGCCAGGGAGACGCUGCAGGCCGAAAAGGUGCUACUUGGCGUCGCGGCGAAACGGUAUGCUGGGCGGUUUCCACACAAAGGGGGUGACGCGAUCGAACGGUGGUCAUGGCGUCAAAUGAGGUGGAUCUUGCUAUUUGUCUCGGCGGGCCGCGUAGCCGAGAUCGAACGAUAA